AUGGCGACAGAAAGAUCUCUGGCUGCGUUGCUGCGCUCGUUGCAGUCAACUUCCAACUUUGAAGAUGCUUCUGGCUUCCUGUCUAUUCUCGGAAAUCCCCUAAAUUUGACUCUUCUUGCGUCGCAGCUGCUCUCUGCGCCGGCACUGUGGAACCACCCUGUUGAUCUAUCAGCUUGUCGCAAGAUCCUGAGCGUCUUUAACACCGCCGCAAUCGCGGUCCUGCAGAACGAUACCACCGAAGAAGCCCAAAUACCGUAUGGCGCGGGGCGCAAUCGCAGAAUUGAACGUGAAGCAUGGGUCAAGGCCGUCGUUGAAGGCGCGGAUGAUAAGUCCCCGCGCUGGAGGCAUACGCUCUUGCUCGGCGGGAUUCUGCUCGGAUUCGAGGGACAGAACAGACAGGGUCUCCCGUGGCAUAUCCGGACGAAACUCGAGUCUGCACUGGCAACGGCGGCACAAUUGGCUCUAGAAGAGCUGGAUACUGAGGCUGGAAUUGAUGGGUACUGCAUCACUCUGGUGCUGAACUGUACAUUUGAGCUCUUGUCGGAUACGGAGAGGAGUAAGCUCAACUAUGAUCGCUUGUUGCCUAUCAUGGUGCGGUCUGUUUUCCAUUCUCCGGAGGGUUUGGAUGGUGGAUACUUUUUGGGGGCUAUUGAUAAAGACGUCGUCGAGGUUCCUGGGAAGAAGUUCCGCUGGGCACCUGACUCUACCACUUUCAGAUAUGUGACUGUGGUAGCCGCGCGUCCUUUGGUCGGCGCACUUGGUCCUCUGUCCCGACUGAUUGCGCACGCUGUUGAGAACGUGCGAGAUCCCAAAUUAGCCGCCCAGUCGGUCGAUUAUAUGGCAGAUUUUGUGCGGACGCUCAUGGUGCAGUGGCGCCAAAAUAAGUUGUCUGAGAUCGAUGUCGCCGAAGAGGCUGAGUUCUUGGAUGCUGAGUCGCUGGGGACUACAAUUCCAGCUCUCUGGACGGUUCUCCGGAACUGCAUGUAUUCUGUGAUCAUUGUUCUUCGCGCCGUGCUCGGAAGAACAAUCAAUGACCCGGCUCUUGCUGCUGGCAGCAGUAAGUUUAUUACGAAUUCCGUCCAAGUCCAUUUGCUAACCACAUACUAUGAUUUAGGUGCUCCAUAUCUAUGCAUACAAUCUCUUCAUAUUCUCCGCAACCUAUAUUUCAUCUCUUCUCGAACCGGACAGAACGCAUCCUCGCAGCAGAACUUUGUGUUCCUCGCCGCUAUCGAUAUCCUUUCCCAAUACCCUGACUUAGCCGAGAAUUUCUUGCGCAGCAUCAAGCCCAGGGACCUUGGCCAGAUCCCCGACCAUCCCGUGGAACGAUGCUUGGAUCUGUUCUUCUUGAAUGCAGCAGAGCAUUUCCCCUUGGUCUUGACCCCCGAGGCUAGUGAGGAGCUGCUUUUGUCGGCCGCUUUCCCGUACCUUGCGGCCGGCGCCAACAGUCUGCUGCUUGAAAUCUUUGAAGCAGCUCACAGCUUGGUGCUUGUUGUCUUUGCUAUUCCUCACAACUCCGAACUGGCCGCCAAGCACCUGCCUUUCUAUAUCGAAAACCUCUUUUCUUUCCGCCUGGCCUUCAAGACGGUCAUCCAAGUCACCGCACCUCCUUCCCCUCUAGCUAACAGUCAACCACUUCUCCCAUCGAUUCUGCUCGAGGUUGUCCGAGAUCGCGCAAUGACCGCAUCAACCGCACCUAUCCCCCCAAACGCCCAGAACAGCUCGUCCUCGGAGCAACCACCCCUCUCCGCGCAAGCCGUGCUUACCCUCGCAUUAAUUGACUCGCUCUCCUUCCUUCGAGUCGAUGAUCUGGAAGAGUGGCUCCCCCUCACAGCCCAGUUAAUCAAUACAAUCCUAGAUCGGGGCAUGCGCCAUGCAUGCAUUGAUCGCUUCUGGGAGGCGUUGAGUGGCGGGGAGAUGGAUGUGGACCGAGCGCACUGCUGUGUCGCCUGGUGGAGUACCCGAGGCGGCCGUGAGCUCGUCCUUUUUGGCGCUGAGUCUGCCGCUGGUGCGGGCCCUGGCGGAGAAGAUGGCGGGCCUUAUAUGAGUGGCGCUGUGGGUACAGUCGCACCGGAAAGUAAGCUAUGA